CGUAAACACCCGCUACGUCAUACGCAAAAUCGCAACAAAAGUAGCAGAUUUCUCCAAUCGCUGCGGCUAGUUUUCGGUACAAAACAGAAAAUGAGUGCGAUAUUCAACUUUCAAAGCCUUCUUUCCGUUCUGCUGCUGCUGAUAUGCACCUGCACGUAUCUUCGGUCGCUGUUUCCCAGCAUUGUGGAUCGAAAUAAAACCGGUAUGCUUGGACUGUUCUGGAAGUUUGCCCGAGUAGGCGAAAGGAAAUCACCGUACGUUUCGUUUGCGUGUCUCGUGAUGGCUGUUUCUAUAUUAUUUUGGUCUUAACGUGUAAUUAUUGUAUGAAUAUGUGAAAAAACGACUGCUGAAAUGAUGCAUUUGAAUGAAUAAAGUGUAUGUGUACAAUUAUUUCCAACUAA